CGUGCUUGCGCGCGCGCACGGCACGCGCCCCACCGCCGCGCCUCGCCGCGCUACUUAGUGACGGGGGUGUGCGCCACCUCCGCCAAUCCACCGCCGACCUCCGCGGCACGCACACGUGCGCUCGUCUCCGUUUCGUCGACUACUAUUUACGCGAUGCCGAUGGCGGCCGUCCACCCCUAUCAGAAUCUCGGUGUUAGCCAAAAACUCACCCAGCUCCAGACCGUGCCCCGACGUCUGGCACCGGCUCCAGUCGACACGAACCGAUGCAAGAAGAAGACCUACCUCCAGACUUACCCGAGUCAACCCGCCUCGGUGGCCCGGAGGAACGCGAGGGAAAGGAACAGAGUGAAACAAGUUAACAAUGGAUUUGCCGCCCUCCGCCAACACAUUCCCUCGGCCGUAACCGCGGCUCUCGCCGGAGGGAGAGGGUCGUCCCGCAAGCUGAGCAAAGUCGACACUCUGAGGCUGGCAGUCGAGUACAUCAGGAGCUUGAAGAGGCUGCUGGACGAGAGCGACGAGGGAUGUUCGGAGUCGCAGAUGGGUCUAAGCUUGGUCUCGAACGGCCCGCAGACUCCGCCGUCCUCGGAGGAGUCGCACUCGCCGGCGCCUUCCCUCGUGUCGGAGGGCUCGAUCGGACAGAACUGCCACGACACCUACGAGCCCAUGAGUCCGGAAGACGAGGAGCUGCUCGACGCGAUAUCGUGGUGGCAGCAGCAAUGACCUGAGGUACCGUGAUUUAUGGCGAAGGAAUUGCAGCCAUUACGCGGCUUGUUGAUUGUGAAAAAAAACGAGUAUUCGCUUCAAGAAGUACCCGAACGCUCGAACGACAGAGUCUCAGAGAGAACCUCUAAUUAAGCGCAAUCAGUAUAUUCCUAAUGAGAGGGGAUAAUGGUAGAGUGUAACGACGCCACGGAGCAUUCCCGCGACUGAACGACGAUCGAACAUUCUGCGUACAUUUCAUACGUCAAUGAAAUAGCAACAAGACUGAAAUGAUUCAUUGUUCCACUUAAGCAUUUAGUUUACUUUAGAAGACUUAAAUUCGCUGUGCCUUGUAUAGCCUAAUAUUUUAUGAUAAGAUUUUUAGACACGUUAUUGUUAUCUAGUCAUUAGAUUUAAGUAAUAUAAGUAUCUAAAGAUUUAUAAAAUCUUAGUUUUAAGAUUGCAAUAAAAGUGUUAGCGGUUUUGAAUAUGUCGAAGAUGUAAUGUUUGUGCCUUUAUUCUAUAAUAUUGAAACAAAGACUAUGAUGUAACAGUAAGCAGCUUUUAGCACCCUAAG